CCCUGUAGAGCUGACACGGGGCAUACCUGCCAUGCUGCGGGUGGGUGUAGAUGGGAUUCCCUUUAGAGUCUGGACCUUGGGGGCCACACUGACCACCUCCCCUUUGCCCCAGUCCCAUCCACCUCACUCUUCUGUUUUCUUUCAGAAUGAAAAAGGCAGGCAAUGACCCCCCUCUGAGGCAGUUUCAAGCCCUCACAGGUCCGCGGAGGUGUACACCGCCUAAACCCCAGCCAUGCGCUCCCUCCUGCUCAUCGGCUCCUUCUGUCUCAUGGCCAUGGCCCUGGCUGCCGAGGUGAAGAAACCUGGGGCAGCGGCAGCGGCAGCAGCGCCAGGCACCUCGGAGAAGCUGAGCCCUAAGGCGACCACACUAGCCGAGCGCAGUGCCGGCCUGGCCUUCAGCUUAUACCAGGCCAUGGCCAAGGACCAGGCGGUGGAGAAUAUCCUGCUGUCGCCCGUGGUGGUGGCCUCAUCUCUGGGGCUCGUGUCCUUGGGUGGCAAGGCGACCACAGCAUCCCAGGCCAAGGCGGUGCUGAGCGCCGAGCAGCUGCGGGACGAGGAGGUGCACGCGGGCCUGGGCGAGCUGCUGCGCUCGCUGAGCAACAGCACUGCGCGCAACAUGACCUGGAAGCUGGGCAGCCGGCUGUACGGGCCCAGCUCGGUCAGCUUCGCCGAGGACUUCGUGCGCAGCAGCAAGCAGCACUACAACUGCGAGCACUCCAAGAUCAACUUCCGCGACAAGCGCAGCGCCCUGCAAUCCAUCAACGAGUGGGCCGCGCAGACCACGGACGGCAAACUGCCCGAGGUCACCAAGGAGGUGGAACGCACGGACGGCGCCCUGCUGGUCAAUGCCAUGUUCUUCAAGCCACACUGGGAUGAGAAAUUCCACCACAAGAUGGUGGACAACCGUGGCUUCAUGGUGACCCGAUCCUAUACCGUGGGCGUCGCCAUGAUGCACCGCACAGGCCUCUAUAACUACUUUGACGACGAGAAGGAGAAGCUGCAGAUUGUGGAGAUGCCCCUGGCCCACAAGCUCUCCAGCCUCAUCAUCCUCAUGCCCCACCACGUGGAGCCCCUCGAGCGCCUGGAGAAGCUGCUGACCAAGGAGCAGCUGAAGAUCUGGAUGGGGAAGAUGCAGAAGAAGGCUGUGGCCAUCUCCCUGCCCAAGGGUGCAGUGGAGGUGACCCAUGACCUGCAGAAACACCUGGCUGGUCUGGGCCUGACUGAGGCCAUUGACAAGAACAAGGCGGACCUGUCUCGGAUGUCGGGCAAGAAGGACCUCUACCUGGCCAGCGUGUACCAUGCCGCUGCCUUCGAGUGGGACACGGAGGGAAACCCCUUUGACCAGGACAUCUACGGGCGGGAGGAGCUGCGCAGCCCCAAGCUGUUCUACGCUGACCACCCCUUCAUCUUCCUGGUGCGCGACACCCAGAGCGGCUCCCUGCUGUUCAUUGGGCGUCUGGUCCGGCCCAAGGGCGACAAGAUGAGGGACGAGUUGUAGGGCCCCAGGGUGGGAGUGGGGCGUCAGGGGGUUCCUGAAACACAUGGGUGCUGCG